AUGAAUUCCCACCAAUUUUUCCAUUUUAUAGUGAUCCUCAAAGAAUCCAUCAAAAUACUUUCCAAAAAUGGAAAAUUGAUGCUUUUAGUAACCACACUUUCCCUAAUCUCCUCUUCGAUCUUCUUCUUGAUCUUUGACUUCUCUUCGUUUUCCCUCAUGCGCGAUAUGCUUGCGAAAGAAUCCCUAAUCCCAAUUUCAAGCUCCAGCAGUGCCGAAUUCAUUAGCAACCUCUCGCAAAUGAAAGAAAAUUUUUCACUUCUUCUCGCAGUCUAUCUCGCUUUUAUACUUUCUUACUUCACCGUCACUUUUCUCCCCAUGUUGACUUCUAUUAUAAUAACAUCCGAAUCUUACAACAACAGAAACUUGUCCUUAAAAGAUUUCUCAUUAGGGUUUGCGAGAUCUUGGACAAGGCCUUGUCGAACGGGUUUCUACACGUCGGUUUUCGUUAUAGGCUACGUUUUCUUGGUAAUAUCAAUGGCGACCCCACUACUCGCCUAUACUAAUUUAUUAUCUAUACUCGUGGUUGUUAUCUUUUACGGUUUGUUUGCAUACAUUUUCUAUCUCUAUCUGUCGAGUGUUUGGAUUAUGAGCUUGGUGGUUUCGGUGGUUGAUCAAGAAAGUUGUGGGGUUGGGGCACUUGGGAAAUCCGCAACAAUUAUGAAGGGGCAGAAAAUGAAUGCAUUUGUUUUGAAUGUUGUGUUGAAUUUGGUAAAUUUGGGUGUGUAUUUAGGUUCGAAGAUGAUUAGGGUUAGGGGUGGUGGCAAGUAUUGGAUAUUCGACGAAAAGAUUAUUUCGGGGUUGAUUUUAGUGAAUGGGUCUUGUUUGGUGAGGAUUUUCACAUUUGUGGUUUACACGGUUUUGUAUUUUCGGGGCAAGGAAGGAAAUGACCAAGAGAUUGAGUUAGAAUGGAGUAAUGUUGACUAUGCCAAACUAGAUAUUAGUCCACUUGGUGGUGUGCCUUGA